AAUACUCUGUGCUUUUGACUUUGACAACUAAAUGAUUGGAUUGAUUUGGUAUUUAGUUAUCGGCUUUUUCAAUAGAGAAAUUUUCGUCGGCGUCUUUUAUUAGAAUCGAAACAAACAAAUAUUUAAGGUCCAUAACAAUGUCGUAUAAUAAAUAUGGAACACGCAAUCCUGGCCGCUACAAUUCUACAAGACGAUUUGUGAGAGCAGGAGAGCUAUAUGACGGGCUCCUAGAUACCUCUGGCGCUGGCCCCAAAGUCACGAGUUACUCACUAACUGUGCCAAGCCAUUAUAUGUCCUUAAGCAUAUACUGUAUGAGUUGUGUUGACAUGGUGCUACCCAUCUCUUACAGUAUCUGACUUUCACCAAUAGUGCUGUUUACAAAUGAUGUUUGUUUUUCGAUAUUUUUAAGUGCAGCCUUUGGUGUGCCUUUCUGGACUUGGUGUAAGCCUCUUAGAGAGUGACUAUAGGCUGAGAAAUCAUUAUGGUCACGAAAAAGCAGUUUCGUGAACAUGCUGAGUUCUCUAGACUUAAUUAGUCAGUAAGCUGAUCUGGAUUCCUAAUAUGUGAAGACCUUCUGGAAUUGCAACAGUCUGUUAUACUAGUUAUAGACUUGUGAGUAUUUAUGGUGCUAUAAUUUCAUUGGGUCGAGAUCAUAGUAGGAAUGUGGUGUAACAUGGCUAUCAUGCACUCAUUUUUACGUUAUGGAAGGUGUGUGAAUGUGUCCAAACUUUAUGUUUAGGCUUAGUUUUCUUUCCAUUUCAUACAUUUGUUUAUCAUUAUAACAGAGCAUAUAAUAUAUUUGAGUGAGAGGGUAGGUAUGUGUGUUAGUAUGUAUUCGUGAAUGUGGGUGCACAUAGCCAACUCAGCUAACUGAUGCCAGUUGAACACGGGAAGACCUCAAGGCAACUACGGCAACCAUAUGGGACUGCCACAACAACUUCCAAAUGUUCAGUAUAAUAAGCCGCCACCAUUGAGUCAGAGUUUCAACACAGCUCGCCCAGUACCACUUCCUGUGCCUCCACCGCAACAGCAACAGCAGCAGCAACAAGAGCAGCAGCAGCCGCCACCGCAGAAGCAGCAAGAUACUGAGAUGAAUUCUGAGGUGAUGGAUACUUCCGGUGGAGACGGUUCUCCUUCCCGUCCACCCUGGAUGAAGUCCAAGCUUCAAGGUGUGAAGAAGAUCUCGAACAAGGAACGUCGCAGGCGUCAGAACGAGAACCUGCGCCGUCUGCUGACGCCCAAGAACGCGCUCAUGGUGCUCAACGAGAUCAUGCCCGGGGAACAAGUCGCCAGCCAGUUUAAGGUGGAAGCGGUGUCCGGUGGCGCACAGUUCUACCGGCCGAACGCGCACAGCUUCUGUGCGGACCUCACGUUGCAAGGGAACAAUUACAAGGGAUACGGCGAGAACAAGCUGACGGCGCGCAACGCGGCGGCCGAGCAGGCCAUCCGCGACCUCAUGCUGCAGCGCAUGGCGCGCCUGCUGGCCGACUCGCGCGAAGGAAACGGCUCGACCACGGGCUCGACUACGGGCUCGUGUACGGGCGCAGGUGGAGGUGCACGGGAGGGCGAGGAGCCGCAGGAGGGCGAGGGCGAGAGCGAGGAGGAGUCGCUGCCCAUGAUCCAGUUGGCGUCGUACGCGCUGCACAAGCUGUUCGCGGAGUGGGAGUACGAGGGCCACAAGGUGCCCAACCUCCGGCCGGCCGGCAGCGUGGUGGAGGGCGCGGCGGAGGCGGCGCCGACGCGGGCGAAGGCGCUGCCGGCGGGCGCGGCCGCCAUGCACCCGUGCAUGCUGCUCACGUACAUGCGCUCGCAGCUGGAGUACCGCGAGCUGCCGCCCGAGGGCGGCCACCAGCACAACCUAGUGUUCAUCAUGGCCAUCGACGUCGACGGCGUCACCUACGUCGGCCGCGCCCAGAACAAGAAGGAGGCGCGGAAGCUAGCGGCGAAGGCGGCCUGCGAGGCGCUGUUCGACGUCAAGUUUAAAAACGUGUCCGCGUAGACCCGCGGCCCGCUCCGCCUGGGGAUCGUCUGUAGAUUUAAGUGAAGCAAGUGACGAGCAGAAGCGACUGACCGGGUCGAUCGGUGAUAAUGUUUCUUAUGAUGAGGACGGUGCUUGACGACAGUCGUCUAUCAGCCGAAAUGUAUUGCAUGCAAUGCCUGAACUUUUCAUGUAAUUACGAUUUGAUUGACGCCAAUCGAACACGUCAGGCUUAUUUUGCCACAUUCGAUCAUGUGGCUUUGAAUGUCUUCCACCUACCGUAACUUUCGAAUUGCUCGAUCAUAACAACCAAAAUAGUAAACGUGCCGCAUUGGUAUUUUGUCUUUUAAAUGUUAAUAACGGCCAUGUUUAAAGGCGCCGCCCCCAUCCGAAUAGGAAAUUAAUUAUGUAUAUUAAUAUAGUUGAAGUAUUCGUCUUUAAAUCUACAUCAGUAGGUUGAGUUUAUUCAUUGACAUUAUUGUUUAUAUAGACUAAGUGGAAAUAGAUAUAAGAAUACUAUAAUAGUUUUGACAUUGAAAUGAAUUUAACGAAAUAAAUAUAAUUUUACUUCUGAGAGAUUCUUCUUUACGUACAUGAGAUCGCAUUCUGCGCAAUUUAAGUUGACCGGUGUGAAGUUAGGCUUUCCAAGAUCUUUGCGCACUGAAAGUCGUAUAAACUACCUAUCAUUCGGUAAAGAUUUGAUUGAAAACUUGUUUCGUAUUAUUGUCUAUAUUAGACGGUGAUUUUUUUUCGUAUAACAGUGUGUUAUGAAAUUUAUUCGUAGUUUUUCUACACUUUUACCUCAGUAUAUUCGUAUCCUAGGACUACUGAGGGAGGAAACCUUCACUGUCGACGAUUUAGUCCCCUACUACACGAUAUUCAUAAAAUUACCAAAACAAACUUAGCAAUCGUAAGAGUAGGGCAGUGUAUUAUAAUUUGUAUAUUUGUAAAAUACUCGCCCUCAUAGACGUUGUUUAGCGGGUGUUUAGUUAAACGCUCUUUUAUAUAUCAUCACCGAAUUGACAUUAGGAAAGAAACAAGAAGAGUCUUCUUGGCUCUUUGAAGAGGCAUCGUUUAGCUUAUCCCCUUCUAUAAUUUUUUAGGUAAACUCACUACUUCAUUCGAUGACAAAACGUGUACAAAAUAAACUUGAAACUCAACAAUUAAUUGUAACGUGACACAGAUAUACA